UACGGCUUUGUUUAUGUUGGAAGAAGCGCAUGGCGCUUCGUUCGUUGCUCGAUGCUUUGGCGUCGUACCUGUGGCGUCGGCUAGCCUUCUGGUCUUUUCUUCUGAGGCAGCCAAAGAUACCGAUGAACGAGAUCACGAUUAACGUGCGUUUCUCGGCGGACCUUGUGAUACCGCUGAGGCUUGAGCGGGAUGCGACCGCAAAGGAUGUCAAAGAGCGGCUCGCCCAACAGCUUUCCGUGCCUGUCCACGAAAUUCACAUCAUCUUCGCUGGCAAAGAACUGCUGGAUCAAGUCUCCAUCAAGGACUACAAUGUGGAGGAGCAGACCACGGUGCAUGCAGUGCGCUCAGCAAAUGACGGCGCUUACAUGGACGCAGAGGUGAAGUGCCCCCUUGGUGAAGGAAUCAUCACAUCACAGCUCACUGAAGAGGAGCAUCUGGCACGCAAAACAGAGGCAGACAAGGCCCUGUUUUUCGUCUACUGCAAGCAGCCAUGCAACCGGGUUCUUCCAGGCAAGCUCAGGGUCUGCUGUGCCUCCUGUGGUGAAGGCUCCUUCAUUCUUCAAAAGGACCCAUCCUGCUGGAAAGAUGUACUCGAACCUGGUCGGCUGUCGGGACAGUGCCAGAUCUGUCGCCAAGUGCGGGCUGCGCGCUUCUUUUUCAAGUGCACGGGCACGAUAGGUUCGCACGAGGACCAGGUGCCGAUUGUGCUACAGAUGAUACGCUACAACUACCUGCAGGUGCCUUGUCUCGCCUGCCUGGAUGUCAGCCGGCUUGUGUUGGUGUUCAAGUGUGCACACGUCACCUGCCUGGACUGCUUUUGUGCAUAUUGCCGGAGCCGACUUGAUGAGCGUGCCUUUGUCCAGCAUCCAACCUUGGGCUGGACACUUCCCUGUCCUGUGGGCUGUGCAGAAUCGCUCAUUGAGGAGAGUCACCACUUCUACUUGCUAGGAAGUGAACAGUACCAGCGAUACCAACGCUUUGCUGCCGAGGAGUGGGUCCUUCAGGCAGGAGGGGUGCUGUGUCCUCGGCCCGGAUGUGGGCAGGGACUGCUGCCUGAGCCUGGGUGUGACCGAGUGAAAUGUGAUCGUGGAUGUGGGUUUGUGUUUUGCCGGCUGUGCCUCCAGGGACACCACUUGGGGCCUUGCACUAGCAGCAGGGAAGCUGGCGAGGAACGAGCCGCUGGGCAGAGGUUCCUGGUAGUGCAAGGUAGCUCAUGGGAUGAGGCCAGUCGACUGACUGUGCAGGCUACCACCAAGCCAUGCCCGAAGUGCCGGACACCUACCGAGCGCAGUGGUGGCUGUAUGCAUAUGGUGUGCAGCAGGUCACAGUGUGGUUUCCAGUGGUGCUGGCUGUGCCAGGAUGAGUGGACGCGGCAAUGCAUGGGGGCCCACUGGUUCGGAUGAGGGUGCUUUCACGGACAGCUGCUUUAGCUAACUCAUUCUUGGGUGUCUUCAGAGAACAUUGCGCAGCCUGUUCGUCCUGUCAACGAGAAUGCUUCAGUGGGCUGUGACGUGAACUUUGUGUCGACGCACAUGUCACUCGAGGACACAUAGCCAAAUGUGGAUGCAAUUUAGCUAGGCGCACAUUCAAGAGUCAUAUUUUAGCGUGAUGGGGGUGCUGUGUGCUCAGAAAUGUGGCUGCAGUCUAUUUUUUUAUGUGCUCGGGGCUAAGUUUCGUUGCCUACAUUUUAAAAGACCAGUAGGCAUUCACCUUUAUACUGUAGUGUACAAGUACUACAGCUGCAGCGGGUAGCCAAGUACACUCACUGCGAUGAUAAAAGGCUGUAGUGCUGAAGCAUCAGAGCUGCAUAUAUUGUGCACUGAUUCUUGACAUUCAUCCCUAUGGUUCUUCACAGGUGGUUGUUGCGGGUUUAUUCAGAGCCAAUAUUUAUGCCUCCUGAUAUGAAACUUUAGCUUUAUGAAAAAGGCCGUUAGCAAUAAAGUUGUUUUCUGUUGCCA